AUUGCGUCACAGCUGCUGUUGAAAAUAGUUUCAGAAAACUUUACAAAAGCAUAACAUAUCAAGCUUUGUAGCAACUAGUUGAAACAGGAAAGAAGAAUUUUUUAUUUUUUAAUAUCAUCUUGCAACUAUGAAGUGGGCUUUCAAAGAAGAGCACUCUAUCGAUAGCCGUUGUCAGGAAGCUUCCAAGAUUAGAAGCAAGUAUCCUGACAGAAUUCCGGUUGUUGUUGAAAAAGCACCUCGUACCAACAUUAUGGAUAUUGACAAGCGAAAGUUUCUUGUUCCAUCAGAUUUGACAGUUGCACAAUUUAUGUACAUCAUCAGGAAACGAAUCCAACUACCACCUGAGAAAGCAAUGUUUCUUUUUGUUAAUAAAAUCUUACCUGCCACAAGUGCUACUAUGGGUUCGAUAUACCAAGAACAUAAAGACGAGGAUGGAUUUCUGUACAUCGCAUACAGUGGCGAGAAUACGUUCGGCUCUCAAUAAAUGCAUUCUUAUGCUCUCCUUAUUUUUUACAUUGCCUUCUUGUUAAAUAGUAAGUUUGUAAUUAUAAUCAGUUUGUGAGUUUUUUUUUAAUUUUUCAAAGUAGUAAACAUCUACACAGAAGUCCGUUGUUAUAUUUUUCAAGAGGCACAUAACGUAGAAUUUUGAAAGGUAUAGACUGUAUAUAUGUAUGUAUCUCGCACUUAAAUGGCAUGGUAUACAUUACUCUUGAUGUUUUCAACCUCUUAGUGAUUAUUAAAAAUUUGUGGUAACCGUAGAAAUGUGGUAUUUAGGUUGUUUUUUCAGCGGUUUCUAUGUUAUAAAUAUAUUAUAAAGAUAAAAAAAUGUACAUAUGUUAUGCAUGAGUUGAAAGUAUAGUAUGUGAUUAAUCUG